AUGAGCACCAAGAAGUCUCCUGAAGAAAUGAAGAGCAUUUUCCAAAAAUAUGCAGCCAAGGAAGGCGAUCCAAACCAGCUAUCAAAGGAGGAGCUGAAGCUGCUGAUUCACUCAGAAUUCCCCAGUCUCCUGAAGGGUUCAAGUACUCUAGACAAUCUCUUUAAAGAGCUGGAUAAGAAUGGCGAUGGAGAAGUCAGUUUCGAAGAAUUCCAAGCAUUUUUCAAAAAGAUAUCACAAUGA